AAUGAGGAAGCGCCAGAGCCAUUUUCACUGUUGAGUAAGAGCACGCUGCUCUCAGCGAGAGACCGAGAGAAAGAAAGUGCGCAUUCUGGAUUUUACCAAGACGUCUUCGCUGGUCUUCGCUCUACCCCGCUUGCUGGCACCCCAGUGGAGGCGGUUUGUGUGAGCAAGGCCUGAGGGUGGACACACAAUGGGGCGAAGUGCCUGUGGCAAAUGGGCCGUUGUGCUGCCGACGGGGGGAGGGGGUAGAGAGCCGACCGGCGCACAGAGCUAACAGAUCCAGCCAGUCUCGGGCCUCUCUCUCUAACACUCGUGAACAGAAACUCCGAUCAGAGGCUUCUCAGGAACGAAAAACCUCUUUCUCUCAGGAAUAUGGUGGACUAAAUAUGGAUUAACAUGUAUUUGGCGCAGUGGAUUUUGGGACACAUACGUCAGAACUGGAGAUUUGAGAGCGAGAAGUCGCUGUGUUUUGGGAUUGAGUGACGAACUUUUCUUGCCUUAGUUCCCCUUUUGUUUUGGUUUUGCUUUUGUGCCGUGAGGAGCUCCUAAAUGGAUUACAAAAUGCAUUCCAAGUCUAACGAUUUGCUGGAUUUUCAGACACUGGAUGCCCUUUUGGAAAAAAUUGCACAUUGCCCUGUCCCUGUUAAAAGAGAGUCCAGCGAGGAGUGCAAUGGAAUUAGCGGUGCUCUCCCUGUGGAGCCCGCGCCCGGCUCGAGACUGAACGAGUGGUGUCCUGCCGCACCCCCUCCUGUCCCUCUGCCCGCGCUCCACCCCACCAGUAUGGGGGACGGCCUGGACGCAGUGCAGAUGUCGGGGAGCAGCAGCAGUCAGGGGCAGACCUCGUCCCAGGCCCCAAUGCUCUACAACCCCUCUGCUUCAGAAUCCGACAACCCUGCCCGACCCAAGCGCCAGACCAACCAGCUGCAGUAUCUGCUAAAGGUGGUGCUGAAGAGCCUGUGGAAGCACCAGUUCGCUUGGCCUUUUCAUUCUCCUGUCGAUGCCGUUAAGCUGAAUCUGCCUGACUAUUAUAAGAUAAUCAAGAAUCCUAUGGACAUGGGAACAAUCAAGAAACGACUAGAGAACAAUUUCUACAUUAAUGCCCAAGAAUGUAUUCAAGACUUCAACACCAUGUUUACUAACUGCUAUAUUUAUAAUAAGCCUGGGGAUGACAUAGUCUUAAUGGCAGAGGCACUGGAAAAGGUGUUCCUCCACAAGAUCUCAGAGAUGCCCCAGCAGGAGGUCGAAAUCAAGACCAUGACCGGCAAGGGUCGCGGCCGGGGCAGGAGGGAGCCAGAUAUGAACAUGAAGGUAGGAGCUAGCCUGGACUCUUCACCUUCCCCUUUAACACGUGGCCUUUCCAGCCUUCCACCUGGGCCACAAAUAAGACCACCGACACAGGGUCCGCCUACUUUACCUCCCCAGACUGCCAUGCAAGCCUUGCCCCCUCGGGUGCCCCUUUUGCUCCCUCGGGUGCCCCCUCGGGUACCCCCUUCGCUCCCUCGGGUUCCCCCUUCGCUCCCUCGGGUUCCCCCUUCGCUCCCUCGGGUGCCCCCUUCGCUCCCUCGGGUGCCCCCUUCGCUCCCUCGGGUUCCCCCUUCGCUUCCUCCCCACGUGCCGCAAUUAGGGCCACCUUUUUCUUUGGGACCCACUGACUGCAGCCCACAAGUCCCCAUGACGGCCGUGCCUCCUCCUCCGCCCCCAAGCCAGACCGCUUUGCCGCCCAUGCACAUGCAGCAGAGCGCUGGUCCCAUUCUACCAGGUCCCAUUCUACCAGGUCCCAUUCUACCAAGCCCCAUCCCAAUGGCUACCAAACAGAGAAAAAGUCAGAAAAGGAAAGCAGACACAACGACACCUACUGCAAAUGACCAGCUGAGCGAGUCGUCUCCUGCCGAGUCAAAGUCGGGGAAAACUCUGCCACGCCGGGAGAACGCACGACCACCUAAACUACCCAAAAAAGAGGCGCCGGACUCCCAGCACCAUUGGGGGACUGGGACCCCUAGCCCCAAGCAACAAGAGCAGUUACGCUACUGCUCGGGCAUGGUGAAGGACAUGUUUGCUAAGAAGCAUGCAGCUUAUGCCUGGCCUUUUUAUAAGCCAGUGGAUGUGGACGCUUUGGGGCUGCACGAUUACCAUGACAUCAUUAAACAUCCCAUGGAUCUUAGCACCAUUAAGGACAAGUUGGAAAACAGACAGUACAGGGAUGCUCAGGAGUUUGCAGCAGAUGUGCGGUUAAUGUUCUCCAACUGCUACAAGUACAACCCUCCGGAUCACGAAGUGGUGACAAUGGCACGCAAACUGCAGGACGUGUUUGAGAUGCGCUUUGCUAAAAUGCCUGAUGAGCCAGAGGAACUGACGGCGCCCGCCCCUGCGGCUGUGCUCCACCCGGCUCCUGUAAAGACGCAGCCGCCCAUGGGCACAGCCUCAUCCUCUGACAGCUCCAGUGACUCCUCGUCUGAAUCAGAAUCAUCCACGGAUGACUCUGAGGAGGAGAGAGCUCAGAGGCUGGCAGAACUUCAGGAGCAGCUGAAAGCGGUUCAUGAGCAGCUGGCUGCCUUGUCCCAGCCUCAGGCCAGCAAACCAAAGAAGAAAGAGAAAGAAAAGAAAGAGAAGAAGAAAGAGAAGCACAAAAAGAAAGCAGGAGUCAUGUCAACACUGGAGGAGAUCCUGGAGCCACCUCCUGCCCUCAAGGCUCUGGGAAAGCCCAAGAACAAGACUGAUGCUCUGCCCAAGAAGCCCAAAAAGCUUAGGGAGAAAAAAGAGGGAGGCAAGGGUAACCGCUCCAUGGCUCCCUUAGGCAUGGCCCCACCCACCCUGCAGCCGGUGACAGGCCUGGAUUCUGAGGAGGAUCUGGGUUUGGCCGGAGGGCAGGCGAUGGCAGGCAUGACCGCAGCAGAGAAGUGUAAGCCAAUGUCAUAUGAAGAGAAGAGACAGCUGAGUUUGGACAUAAACAAGCUGCCUGGUGAUAAACUGGGCCGCGUGGUCCACAUCAUCCAAUCACGCGAGCCCUCGCUCAAAAACUCCAACCCGGACGAAAUCGAGAUCGACUUUGAGACGCUGAAGCCCUCCACGCUGCGGGAGCUGGAGAGAUACGUAUCGUCCUGUCUUCGUAAGAAAAAGAAGCCUGCUGCUCCAGAGAAGUCCAUGGAGACAAUGAGUGGUGCAAAAACGAAAGGCUCCUCAUCAGAGUCGGGCAGUAGCAGUGAGUCCAGCUCUUCUGAAAGUGAAGACUCUGAGACGGGGAUGACUUCCAAGUCAAAGAAGAGAGGCCGAGGUGAAGGCAAGAAGUCUCAUCACCAGGCGAUGGCUCCAGGAAUGCCACAGCUUUCCCAUCAACCCCAGACACCCGUGCUGCAACCCACCGCUCAGCUGAAGCAGCAGCAGCAGCAGCAUCCUUCUCCUGCCGCUUACAUGGCUCCUCCCGUCACCGCGCUGGAGCCCUCACAAAUGCUGGAAAACCCUUUUGACCCCCUGGCCCACUUCGGUCAGUCCCUCAUGCACCUUCCCCAUCACGCUAAUGACUCGUCCUCCCCCGCACCCCCUCACCUUAACGCUCACCCUCAAGGAGGCCCUGUGUCACCUGAGACGCACCCAUUCCUCAACCAGCACCCGAUCCUUCCUUCUCCAGCCCUACACAACGCAAUGCCCCAGCAGCCUUCACGGCCCAGUAAUAGGGCAGCUGCGCUACCUCCUAAACCUCCGCAACAAAACGCACCCCAGCAGCAGCAGCAACCCCAGCAGACCCUGCCGCAGCAGCUCCAGGCCCAACAACCCGCACCUCCUCCCCAGCACCACCUCCCUCCACACCUCCUGCAGCCUCCUCAGCAGAUCCGUCAACGGCCCCUCUCCCCUCCCACUCUCACUCCCCAGGGUCUCCUCUCCUCCCAGCCUCCACAGAUGCUGCUGGAGGACGACGAGGAGACUGUUCCCUCCAUGCCCCUACCCUUGUACCUACAGCAUCUUCAGCCGAACCGCAUGCAGCAGCAACAGACGGCUUCGUUAAUGCAGUCUCUGCAGAGCAGACAGCAGCCGGGGCAGCCGUCUCUGCUGCAGUCAGUGCAGGUUCAGUCGCAGCUGGGCCCGCAGGCCUCCCUGCCCCCGCCGCAGCUCACCAUACAGACUCAGCAGUCAGCACCGCACCAGCCCUCGCCACAGCUCUCGCAGCAUCAGGCCAGACACAUGCAGCACUCGCAGCAGCUGAGCUUUUCUCAAGGCCCAGCGCAGACCACGCAAACGCAGCCCAGUCAACACAAAGUCGCCAUGCCCCCCACGAAAGCACAGCAGAUCAUCCAGCAGCAACAGCAGACGCAGCAGCAGCAUCACUCUCCACGUCAACAACACAAGUCUGACCCGUAUAACUCAGCACACCUGCGAGAUAACCCCUCCCCGCUCAUGAUGCAUUCCCCUCAGAUCUCUCAGUACGCUGCUUUAGUCCAUCAGUCGCCCCCUCAGGUCAAAAAGGAACCACAGCGAGUUCCUUUAGCUCUAGGCGGCAUUAAAGAAGAAAAGCUUCCUCCGUCACCAGUGAUGCGUGGUGAGCCGUUCAGUCCAGCCAUGAGACAAGAGUCUCAUAAACACCCCGAGAGCAAACACACAAUGCAAGGGCAUGGCCAACAGAGAGCUGAUAUGAAACCACUUGAAAUUUCCCGUCCUGUCAUCCGCUCCUCUGAACAGAGCGAUCAGCCACCUUCCAUGCAGGACAAAGACAAAUUCAAACAAGAACCCAAGACACCCGUGGCUCCUAAAAAGGUACAGGAUGUGAAACUGAAGAAUAUGGGUUCCUGGGCGAGCCUGGCACAGAAAUCCACCUCCACUCCCUCUUCUGGUCUGAAGUCGUCCAGUGACAGCUUCGAGCAGUUCCGGCGUGCAGCCCGGGAGAAGGAGGAGCGAGAGAAAGCCCUCAAGGCUCAGGCUGAGCAAGCUGAAAAAGACCGUCUGCGCAGGGAACAAGAGAAACUGAGGGGCCGAGAUGACGAGGAGUCCAUGGAAUCUGCCAGAAGGUCCCAGGAGGAGCCCCGCAGGCGGCCGGAGCAACAACAGGUCCAGCCCCCUCAGCAGCAACAGCAGCAGCAGCACCAAACUCAAGCUCAAGCCCAGAACCCGGCUCAGCCGCCCUCUGCCCCACAGCCCUCUCAAGCCCCGCCCCAGUCCCCCGCCUCUUCCCAGAGUGCACUUGACCAGCAGAGGGAGCUCGCACGUCGCCGGGAACAGGAGAGGAGGAGGAGAGAGGCGAUGGCAGCUACCAUUGACAUGAAUUUCCAAAGUGAUUUGAUGGCUAUCUUUGAGGAGAACUUGUUCUAAAGUGCAAGAGGAAAAGAGAAACUGCAACAAAAAAAACCCAGAUCACGGAUUCCUGAACACGGACAGAAUGGACUUGUAAAGCAGUAAGGGACAAAAAUCCCAUCUGACCACAAGAAACCCUGAAGAGGCUGAAAUAGCAAUGCAUAAGCUGAGGCCCCGUGAGGGAGGCUGUAGCGCUUCUUUUGCCUUAGCAGAAAGAGGGACCCUCACACUGGGACGUCAUGGCCUCUCGGGCAUUCCUCCUGGAUUUGGCAUUGCAACCACGGCAGGAAAGAGAGGACUCGUGUGACUCUAAUUCAGAAAAUGGGAGCAAUGGACAAUGCGAUCGACAGAGGAAUAUCUGAAGGACAAGAAAACUGAAAUGUACUGAUUAUCUGUAGUACGGCAUCCAGCGACUGCCAAAUGUCUGAGGGGGAUUUGUUUUCAUGUUUCGUUUCCCUUCCAUCGUUUUGUUUUCGCUAUAUCCUUUCCCCCUUUUUUCGCGAAAAAAGCAAGCAAGCAGGCAAAUGGCAGGAUGGGACUGGGGGCACUUAAGAUCUUCCUCGGGAGAGGAAGUACAGCUCGCCUUACACCGCUGACAACACAAACAAUAUUCACCAGGGGCUGUGAUCAAUGACUAAAUAUGGUGUGUUUCGCACUGUUAUCAUGUGCAGAUUUUUCAUUACGUAGGAUCUACUGUACAAAGGUAUUUUCUUAAUUACUGUUUUGGUUGAUUGGUUGGCUGUUUCUUUUCUUUUUUUUAAUAUUUUUAACUCUCGUACCAACACCUCACCCCCUCUGAUGUAUGUCUAUGCCAAACACACAUAUCCUUUUAUGCCGAUAGCAGAGACCCGAAACGCUUCACUUAACGUCUUUCUUAAUAUAUAAAUCUAUUUUCUUGUUCUCCCCACUCGUCAUUAAAAAUUUAGGUAGUCUUGUAGAAAAUAAACCCUAAUAUAUGCAUUAUUCUGACAAGUGUUAAUUGAGGACAGAAACGGAGAUAUGCUUUCAUUAUUCAUUGUUUUCACGCGAACCUGGUGAUGAAUCCUAUCGCAGGCCGGAGCGCUGAUCUAUAAGGGGCAGUUUCUGAGUAUCGUUUAGUUUGAAUAUAAUUUAAAGAAUACAGUAACUAUUUUAAGUGUAUUAUACGUAUAGAAGGAAAACGCGCAAGUCUGUGCAACUGGUACAUGUACAUUUGCAACGUCAUGUCAACACCAGGCAAAUUUGGCUCUUGGGAACACACUCGGCUGGUCACUGCAUGACUCCUUUCUUUUCACCGAUCAUUUUAUUACAACUGCACAGAGAGAACUCUGUAUGCUGUACUAGAUAUAAUGAUAAAAAGUUUGAAACAAAAAAGCAAAAAAAAGGAAAAACCGUUCUGAUUUAUCAUUGUUCUUGUUCGAUUCUAGUAGAUGUGUUCUAAUUCUGUUAUUUGACUCCGCAAGGGGGGCGGGGGCACAAUUUGAGACCUUGGCAGGCCCUCUGAGUUUUCUCUUAUAGUGUUUUCUCCAGUGCCUGUAUUGUAUUGCGAUUCUAGUUGGCAUAUAUUACGUUCUGGGAGGGCUAGGGAGGGGCUGUGCGGUUCGAAAGAAAUUUGGGGUUUAAGGGAGAGUUUGUGUUUAAAAGACAAAAAAGGAAAGUCGACAUUUGAUAUUUUACCCAUUUACAAUAUUCAGGUUUAAAUCUAGUUUUAGCUGGACUUAUUAAGUAUACGCCAAGCGACUAUGUUUUCGUUUUCUCAAAACUGCUAUGAGGACGCAUUCGAGCAGCCACAUCAUCAGUGUGUAUGUGAAUGUUUGGAUGUCAUGUCGGUAUGUGGCGGGGGGAGGGUGCUCUUACCUGGAGGUUUGAAUCGCAGCAACACUUCAUUUAAACAAUAUGCUUUGCAAACUGUUUUUUUUUUUGUCAUGAAGUCCACUUAUAUAAAUAUCUCAUUUUUUCCUUUGGUUAAUUUGGUCUGUAAAAGUUCAAAGAAGAGAAACACUUCAUUCCUUCGAGCCUUUAAAUGUAUUUUCAUUUUUCCAUGGUAACAGUUGGACAUUAUGUGCCAUAGAUUUGGAUUCUCCAGAGAAUGUGCUGACCUGCAGCUCAGCAGAGAGUUUGCUUUAUUCAGGUAUUUUGUUCAUUUGUUUUUGUUUUGUUUUUUCUUUUGGGUUUGUUUAACAUUUUCCUCGAUUACUGUUUGGUUAUGUGUGUGGGCUAUCGAGGUCAAUGGUUCAAUCUGUUAUGAUCAUGAAAUAAACUCAUCUCUUUUAUAGAAAAUUAAAUGAAA